UGGGCGGGCGGCGGGGAACGCUGCGGCUCGUUCCCCCCCCCCCCCCCCUCCCCCCUUGGGCCCGGCCCGCUGAGCAGAGCUGCUCUGUGCCCGCAGGACGCGAGCGGAGCGCGGGACGAUGAACGCGCAGCAGCAGAGGAUGGCGGCGAUCGGCACCGACAAGGAGCUCAGCGACCUGCUGGACUUCAGCGCGAUGUUUUCCCCACCUGUUAACAGUGGGAAGACCAGGCCAACCACGCUGGGCAGCAGCCAGUUCGGAGGAUCAGGUAGGAUGCAAUGCAUUUGAGAUCCAUAACAUUGAUGUCAUCAGGGCUCAAUGUUUUUAGCUCAGUCCUCACGUGCUUGAGUGGAUACCUUCGUUAUAUGGAUUCUUUUAAGACUUUCAGAUGAAUUAGAGGUGCCUGGUUUGUAUUGGCUUUGUUGCAAUUCAGAGCAAAAUGUAAUACCACAGCUUUGCUCUCUGCCUUCACCUGCCUGUCCUGAUGGGGUGAGGUGCUGGGUAUGUCUGGUGGUGCUGAGGUGCAGCACGUCCAUCAGGUUGUCACAUCAGGAAUGAAGGCCUUUUAUGUGUGACUUUAUCAAACUUAGCUGGGCAGUAAGUAUUUGAAGUGAAAUAUCGAGUAACAAAAUACUCCUGACUCAAGAACCUAUUUUAGAAUUCAAAGGAAACGUAUGAGGUGGCGACUAACUUUGUAACAAACAAAGAGCAAAACAAAAACAGCCAAACAAAAGUCCAUCUAAUACUCCCCCCGCCUCAAGCCCUGGAAUUUUAGGAGUAACUGCCAAGAUGCCACCAGUUAAGAGGUCUGAAUCAGGUCUGAUUUAUUUUACUGUGUUAUUUGAGCAGUUUGGUAAAGGUUGCUUACUGGCACAAGUACAAACCGUGAUUGCUCACGGCUUCAGAUGUAUACUUCAACAAUGUAUAAAGUAGCAAAAGUCUUUUUUUGUUCCCUUCUGUUUCUCCCUUGAGAGCCAGGUUCAGUGCAAGAUGCACAGUUUCCUGGUACUGUGUAGCUGUCCAAAUUUAGACAGAUAUUUUCUCAUAUUGAACCUUCCUCUGUGCAUCCUGAAAAUGAAUAAUUGUAAUUAUACGUUGCAGUAUUUUGCUGCCUGCUGUUUUCACUGAGGUACACUUGAUGCCUACUUUCAGAAAGUUUUAAGCUAAGCCUCUAAGACAACAUAAAUGUAAUUUUCUAAAGUAGAUGUUUUGUAUGACAUCAUUCUUGGACAGGGCUUAGUUAUUAAGGCUUCUAAAACAGAAUCUAAAGUAGUAACUUUCUGAAGUGACUUGGUGGCUCUUGCUGGUUUGGGUUUUAGCUUUUCUGUUUGUGAUAUUUUUAUGAAUACGAGGAGGUGAUAUAUAUGAUUUUACUUAAGGUUAAUGAAAACAAAGGUUUAGUUAAGGUUAAUGAAAACAAAUGCCAGUAGAGGAGUGAAGUGGCUGAUGGAAGUUGUGCAGUGCUAUUGGCUGUUUACUUAAUGCAUUGUCGGAGCUGUCUCUCUGGGAGUCCAAAUGUUACCUUGAAUUGUAGUGACACGUGAGAAUUCUGGUUAUUAAAAACACUCUAAAACUUUGGAGACUCUUUAGAGACCAUCUUCCACAUUUAAUUAAUAAAAAUAUGUGGUAAUUGUUGAAUAAAUAUUUUAUUUCCUAAAACAUGUAAGUAGUUUCCACUUAUCUUUACAAGUAAAUUAAAUUAUUGGCAGUAGUGAGAUGGUGAUUCCAUGUGCAACACAGUUAAUCUUUCUUUUUCAUACAAAUAUUCAAGAUGGUUGUUUUUCAAGCACGUUUUGAAGGAGGUCCAGACAGCUAAAAUUUGUUUCAAGAAGCACAAUUUGAAGAUUUCCAUCCCCCUCCUUCUAUGCCUUGCUUUUCCUGAACAGGUGGAAUAACUUACUGUUGAAUAAUGAAGUUUUCACUUCUAGUUUAGGUCUUAGGGCAGCCCUAGUUACUGUGGUUUGCCCUCUUCGUAGGAAUUGCCUCCCCUGCUCUUUGUGGCUGGCCCAGGAAAAAAAUAAUAUCUAAAUACUGAGAUUCUCGGGGGGAACCAGUGUUACUGACUUCUUGAAUUUCUUUACUGAUAAUGGUGUAUCAUCACAUAGAUAUGAUCACGAGCAAUACAGUGCAGCUGUCUGGCAAUCUACAUCCUCAACUGAAUUCCCCUUGGCGCAGAUAAUGUUACAUAGCUAUGGAUUUUAGUUCAAAAUGUUUCUAGUUCGGAGAUUUACUAGUUUAUGGAAUUAUAUGCUUUAAUUCCUGUAAUGUUGCAACAGCCAAAGCCUUGACUUGGGGGGAUUGCUCUGUAGGGUGAUAAGGGGCCAACAACUUCAGUGUGAGUUGUGUUCUGAGUCAGCGUUUGGUGUUACAGGGAGACCUUGAGGAGCUCACUGACCAACUACAGGCAUUUCUAGCACUGAUUUAAUUGUCAUCUCAGUUUAAUUUCAAGUAUUCUGUAGCUUGUAGGCUGUUUAAUACUUUCUUUUUGUGUUUCUUUUUAAAAAUUAGCUUCUUGUAGUGGGGAAAAAAAAAAGUAUUUCUUAAAACUCUCUUAUGAACAAAGUGUACAGUAUGCACAAGUUCUUUGAAUACAGAACGGUGCUGCCUCUUACACAGACUUCCUGUGAUUUUGAUGACAGUGAAAGCUGUGCAGUUUGCUUUGCUGUCUUACCCAUUAAACACCAUUUUUUGAUGGUGGUUAGUCUUUUUCCUGGGGUCUUUGCAAGCAUACUAAAGGAAGAUGUUUUCUUAGUUGGAGCAAGACUUACUUUCUGACUUGUAACUGUAGAGUUCCCUUUUUUUCUCAUUUCAACUUUUUAUAAAGUAAUUUAAAAAAUGCCCAGAAAUGUUCCCUCAUCUAAGCUGCUUAGAGAGGCAGCUUAAUGGCUCCCAUUAAGUGGGUGAAAAUCAGUUGGCCCCCGGUUUAGAAGUUACUAUACAAGGAUGGUUAGGUUCUGCUUGGCUUUACUGUGUGGCUUUGUGAAGUCUUGGCAGUACCAAGGUGUAUGCUCUUAAUUCUGCAGAAAGAGGCUUGAUCUGGUACAAAAGUAUUUUUCGUGUCCAUGCUGUAAAAUGUGUAAUUGGAUUGCAUAGUAAGAAUGGCUGAUGACUGUUUUCUGCAAUUUCUGAGAAAGUGCUGCAGUGGAUUAAUACGUGUGCACUAUUUUGACUAAAAGCUAGCUCGAGUCUUCAGGAAUGUGUGGUGUCGGGGGAAGCUUGCUGCUGGUCAAUCAGUUAUGAAUGAAAGCUGCAGAUGAAAUAAGUGAGCUAAUCUGAUGUAUCAUAGUAUCUUAUGACAGUAAGUCAUGUAAGCUGCUGAUAAAGUCAAAUAACUUGGUCAGACUUGUGGUGAAAAUAAACAUAUUGGAAAAGCAACCUGAUACGUAGCUCUGAGUUAAGCUACAGAAUACUUCUUGUCACUGCUGUUGUUAUAUUCUCUUGUUUAAAACAACUUGCUAUUUCUUCCUCCCAUGAAACCAACUUGGGAAGAUAAAGCAGUUUCUGUGUUAGAUAUUGUGAAAGUAGAAGGCAGAGAUCACACAUAUUCUCAAUCAGGCUUCUAAAUUAAUUGAUCAGACUUGCAGAUUUCAUUUCAAAUGAAAUAUUUCCAUGUUGCUGCUGUGAUAAGUAGCAGUAUUUAUAAUUUACAGUGAAAUCUUGCUUUAUCUUGUUUCUAUCAAAACUGAAAACUGUAUACCAGUACAAACCUGGGUGAUUAGCCAUUUUGGCCUUUAUUUAUAAUAAUCUUAAUUAAAAUCCAGUUAGAAUAUUUAGAUGCCUGCCGUAGGCGAUAAUGCUGCAAUCUUCUGAUGCUUACCAACAGGCCUGAUUUACAUUUCAGUUUUUUCCAGUGAUUAUUAUUAUUUUUUUUAAUCUCAGUUGUGGUACUGUAAAAUAAAACCUAUUUUACUUCUUCUUCCCAGGACUUCACAGAUGCUAAAGAAUAAUACACCUGAGUCUAUAUUAUCUAUGGCCUGCAAUCUUCAGUUCUUGUAACUUAUUCAUUCUACUGAUGGCAUUAUUUUUGCGUGUAGUUAUAUGCACGUGUGUGAAGUCAGUAAAAAAAACCCUGAUAAUAUGGAUGUAUAAUGGGAAACCAAGACAUAAGAGUUGAAGCAAGACCAACAGGUCCAGAGCUGAAUAGUAAAAAUACUGUGCUUCUGCUGCCUGUAAAAGUCUUCUGAAGUACUUGAAAAAUGAGUUCAUGUUGUUGGCUUGGGCACCAAUUUUGGGUGUACUUGGGAAUUGCUCACGCUAUGCUCACAUGCAGAAAACCCUUCAGAAGGCAUCUGUUUAGGUAGCUGCUCCUAUCAGUUUUGUUGUCUUGUUUGCAAAGUCAAGAGGUUGUCCUUUCCACAACUGUCUACUAAUCUACCCAUUUAGUAAGGAAUGUAUUGGGAUAGUCCACUAAUUACCGACUUUUUGCAAAGACUUUUCAAGCUGAUAACCUGCCAUUAUUGUGAGUGUCCCUGAUUAGGGCCCUGUGUCUUGAGGCUGGACUCACUAUCAGUUCUGCUUUAGCGGGUUUGCUACGUUAGCAAGCAAAGGUUUCAAGAUUAUUGAAAUUUGACUUGGUUACUGUUUGUCAGUUCUCGAAACAGUGAUUUUGUUUUUAGUGUUGCAUUUGCAUUUCCUUCCUAAAAAAAGGAAAUCCAAACAAACGAAACCAAAACCUUAGGAGUUAUCCCAAUGUGCAAUGUUUUAAAUGCUGCAUUCAUUAAUCUACAGCAAGUGUUGAAGAGAACAGGCACUCAUAGCUGUGAUGGUCGCAGAGAAAACUACAGAAAUAUUUUUGUGUGAGUGUGAAAAUGAGUUCUUCUAACCUUUCAGUAUGUAGUAUUUUAUCAGAGCAUGAAUUCAUAAUAAGAAUCAGUUUUCUGAUACCAUACUGAUAUGUUAUAUAUUUCUGGUACAGUCUUCCUUUGAGAUAUAGAAUAUUGCCAAUGCCCCUUCCUAGUUCUUGAAUGAAGGUGUUGAUAAGAGGUCUCAUAUAGUCACAUAGUCCUACAGUCAUAGAUGUGUUAGACUGUGACAUUUUCCUAUGCAAAAAAUAAGUGGAAGGCCUACAGUUGAGGAAUUUGAUGUGUGUUUUUGUUUUUGUCAUUAAAAAAAGGUGUUGUGACCUUGUAUAUUCUUGUUUGCUGUUAAAAAGAAGAUAAGCUUCCUUUAUGUUAUACACUGGAGAUCUAGGAUGGCUUGUUGAAGCGAAUGCUGGGUCGUGCUUUAUCUUUAAUGCCUCCUCUUUCCACUGGCUCCAUGAGAAGCAAUCCAGCAGGUGUGGUAACCUGGUAGUUUCUUCUUGGGUGUGAGGAGCGCUAAGUUGCCUCCUUUCUGAGGAGCCUGGUGAGAGUUCUGAGAGCCUCAUGUUUGAAAGGAGAAGGAUGUCCAUAGCUUCAUUCCCAUCUUGUUGUCUGUAGGAGACCCCCACAGAUCACUCUUCAAAUGGGCCAAGUGCAAGUUUGAUGAAUAUUUUGGGCUGGAUCCCUCAUGUACUGCAUUUAAAAGCUUGGGAGUGAUACGGUGCUAAGAAAUAUGUGAGUGCAGCUUGCCUGUUAGCAGUCUCCAUCUCACUGUUGCACUUUCUCCCUCUACUUCCUUUAUCUUUGGAAAGACAAUUUCUCAGGGUCUUUUUCCCUGAACAUUGAAAGCACAGUGUGGCUGAAGAGCUGCUUCCAUACUCCUGUUGAAGAAGAAGGAGGAGGAGAAAUAAGUAGGACAGAUGAAGGGAAUUGUUAACUCAAAAACCAUCUCUCUGUGGUUGCGAAGACACUGAGGUGUGGGUUGUUUGUUCUUUAAGUUCUCGGAUAGGUGUUGGGAUUCUAGCUUGGUCACCUGAUAAGUGGGUGUCUGUCAGUUUCCUAUUACUGUUGGCCCAUGCUUUUGAAAAUGUAGGUGUUACACUUGAGGUGGUGGUGUGAGCCUCAUCAAGUGGUCACAAUUUCCUUGCUGCCUUCCAGAUAGCUAAGUUUUGAUUCUUAGUAGCAUUUGGCCUUCUCUAGCAUUCUGUUUUGGGAGACACUUGAACUCCUCAGUGAGGGGCAGUAACUUGUAGACAACAUUCUUUCAGAGAAUUAAUUUGGUAUUUCCAGCAGUCAGUUUUCCCUGGGCAGGGAGCAGUGAUGUGAGCACCACGUAAGCAGGUGUAGCAUCUGACCUCUGCUACGUGUGUGAAUGUUCCUGGGUCACAACACAAGGAAGACGCCUGCAUUGUUAUCUGUGGGUGCCUGCAGAGGAGUGUCCGGAGGUUUGGAGAGUUGUCUUUGUGGCAUGGUGUGAGGAACGGGGUUUGAAGUUGCAGUUCUGUUUUUGGAUUUACCCAGGCAGCAGUGUUGGUAUAAAUGUAAACGUGAGGACAAAAGAGUGAAGUGGAAGAGGAAACCUGAAAAGGGACUGAGGAAAAAUUGCACGUUACGAAGAGAUGUAUGAAUGACAUUCCUACACGUCUGUGUGCUCUGUAAUUGCUGUUGAAUUGGUACGCAGUCCCUUGGUUACCAGGGAACUCAAUACAUUUAGCUUUUGCUAGAGGACUUCUGUUUGUUAGUUUGGUGUGGUUUGUGGGAUUGUUUGACGGGGAUUUUGUGUUCAAGGUUUGUCAUUUGUACAUGAGAUGACAAAGUUCCCCUUCCCCCUGACUUUGUUCCAGCUGUCACAGAGGACUUAGCCCCUUAGUAAUGCUGUAUCAAACCAGCAUGCCGGCUGUUUGUCGUGGUUCCAUUUGGUCUGUAGUUGUGUCUACAGACGUCAUUACAUGAAUGUAGUGGAUGUACUAUAUGCAGUACUCUAAACUUUGCAACAGAAACUGUUUUUUUAACUUGCUAAAAUGCAGUGAAAAUUUCCUAAGUUGGAAGUUGCAUCAAUUGAUUUAUGAGUAGGGCGACCUUUAAGGCAUUCCUAUAAUAACCUAGUACUCACUCUUCACAAGCUCCAAGCUUACUGUUGUAAAAAUUGGAAGAUGUGACUGAAUUUUAGUUUACUAGAUCUCUCGAGCUGAAUUCUCUGGACUACUAAAAUAAUUCUAUUACUAUAAUUUGGAAGGAUCACGUUGUUUGGGAUAUGAGAAUUGAAUGUAUGUUGAAGCUUUGUAAAAUUUCCUAAAUUACCUAUAGAGCCUGAUGUGAUUUCUGACAGAAAAAUAAGCCUCCUGCCUUAAAGUUCCUUCAGAACAAGUGUCAGGUUCUCACAUUUGAGAAUUCUAUUUCAAGAAUUAAUUUCAUUGAGUAGAGUGUGUUCUCUAAAAAGCUUUGUUUGUGGAGGCAUCAUCUAAUUGAAUGUAACAUGUUACUAUGCUAGACGUGCUUUUUUACACUUCUGAAGAAGUCUGUAGCAAAAUGAGGUGAGUUCUGUGUGUUGUCCUGUGGAGUCACUCAAUUUAAAUAAGAAAUAAAGAAGAGAAGGUGCUGCGCGUGAAGUAUGUGAUUAAGAUUGUUACCGGGUACCCUUAAUUAUUAUAAAUUGGUAUGUAUACCUUAAUCACUGUUUUUCAUAACUGAGCAUUGUAAGAAAUGACAAGUGAACUGCUAUUACUCUAAGGAUAGGAAAUGUAACUGAAAAUCUUUUUUUCUAUCUUAAGGCAUAAUGCCUUUUUAAUUUUUUAUUUCUUUCUUAAUAUGGGAGUCCAGAAGUUCCCAGUUUUAAUGAAUACUUCAACCUGAAGAUUUCAGAGUAGCUGCAGCCUUUCUGAAAUGCUACAAUCCAUUAUUUACUGAUGGUGGUUGGGAGAAGGUUUUUUUUCUGUUAUGUGUCUGAGAUGAGAUAAUGAUAAUUUUUUUAAUGUAUUGAAUGAAAGCUUUGUUUAUUUUUUCAUUUGUAAAACAAAGCUGUGUUUGUAAACAACAUUAAAAAACAUAAAGGAGAUAUUUUUUUGCUGAAGAUGUUAACUGAAUACCAAGAAUGAUCAGAAAGAGCAGCUCUUGUUAUAUUUAAUAAUGUCUUACUGUUUUCAGAGGAUAAUCGGGCUAAAAUCACCCAGCCCAUCCUUAGGACUUUGUUGGAUUCUUCUCGUAUGAUGAGGAUUUUUUUGUUUCUGGGAAGCAGGAGCUGAAAUUCCUGUAAAUACAAGUCUUCAUGUUUUUACCAGUGUAAUAUGGGAAGAUAAUGUUGAUCAGAUCAAACUGAUGUGGUGGUGUUUUACAGAAGUGCUUGGAAGAGGAGACUUGAUGAAAAAGGUUUACUUUACAGCCCAGUUCAUAGGGUGAUGUCCUCUAGGAAUGCUAGUAGAAAAAUCAAGUAGGGUUGUCUUGGUGAAGGUGGGUUUUAUACUGCAAUAACAGUGCUAUGGGAAACUGCAGAAACCAUUCAAACUAUAGAAUUAUAUUUAAAAAGAAAGGUAAGAAGUGCACAAAACUCUCCUAUUAGACAGAAUUUCUGUUUUUUUAGGUGGAAGAGUGUAGAGUUUGUGUAAUGCAGAGAACUUGCUUUCAUUGUUUUACUUUCCUUUGGGAAAGGCUACAGGAAAUAUUUUGCUCGUGUUUUGUCUCUUUGCUGCUGAGAAGGUUGAAGCAGUGAUGUUAUGCAGAACUGUAUUCUGAGCCUUAUGUUUUGUGAGAAUUGUAUUUUAGUAUUUUCCUUCCUUUUAAAACAUGAAGAUAAAUAGCUAAGGGGACGUGUCUAGUAAAACAAAGCCCAGUUUUGGUCACUUCUAGUUGCAUACGUUUUGUGGGUGAAAUGCUGGUGAAUGUCAUCGUGUGUGUGUUCUGUGUGUGAUGUUUGUAAUGCAGCAUCAACGGAAGCUUACACUUAAUUUGAUAAGAGCUUGGUCUGUGAUGUUACCAGGUGUCUGUUUUUAUUCAGUUUAGACUGUGACCAAAAUAUAUUGUUAAUUUAAAUAUAAAUAUCAUUACCUUCGUGUUUCAAUCCUCCCAUCUUCCUCCGUCUUCAGGUUUUACAGUCUUUAUUGCACUGAGUGUUUCCAAGGCUUGCCAAAAACAAUAAAUGCACACGGAUUGGUGGUUUCUAUGUGUACUACUUCCAUUUCUAACAUCUGUGUAGAAGUACAAAAUGACUGUUCUUUUCUUUGAAUGAGGCAUGUAGAAUGGAAGCAGACAGAAGAUGUAGCCAGACAUAAACCUUACUACGAUUUGUACCUAUUAGGAUAUGAUGUGUAAGCAAAAUGCAGAUAAAUUAAUUUUAAAUAACAUUGCUUUACUACCUUAGUUUCAUCUUGUUCCAUUGGAAAACAAGAUUAAGCCUAAAACAGAUAAAUCCAGGAUGAAAUGACUGAAUUUCACAUUCUGGAGAUGUCUUGUAACCAAGCGUCUCCUGAAUUUUCUACUUUGUUGCAUUAGUGUUAGGAGGUGCAGUGAAAACAGGCUUGAGAGAAGUCUGAAAUAUUCUUAAUUUUCUGUGGGAGAGUGGAAUUCUGUGUUUAUAUUCAUAUUUUUUGUUUUGAGUGCAAGAUACUAUUGGCUAGUGUGGCUGCCCGGUGAGGUGAUGAAGGCAGACAGCUUUGCUCGUUGAACGUCUCCUGUGUUGUGACGUUUUGAUGACUUUCAGUGUGACACCUAUACCUGUUCCAGUUUCUUCAGGCAGCAGCUCCGUGAGUCAUAAUCCUUGCAGAACACAGCUUAAAAUAAUCACUGAUUGUUUCCUUGCAAUUCUGUUCGCUGCCCACUGCAAAUAAACAAGAGCAGGAAUGACAAUAUCAUUUAAUCCUUUAAUGUUUGCUCUUGACGUGCGAAACAUUUUCUUGUAAUAGAGAAGUAAUCCAUAAGGAGGGUAGCUGCUCUUUCAUCUUCCUGAAUGCUAAAUGAGGCUAAGGCUUUUAUGAAAAGAGGGCAAUUUAAUGAAGAUGACCGAGUUUUGGAGUAAUGGAAAGCUUUUGUGUAUUUCUCUAAGUGAUGCAUGGUGCUUACUACAGCAGAGUUCCAAUGGCUGCGUUCUGUAGUGUGGCUUUGUGAGAUUAGCGUUCGUGAUGCUCAGAUGCCAGCAUGAUUGAGUGGUGCCAUAAAUCAAGACUUGUCUCCCUUAGUCUGAUUUGUAAAAUAAAUGCACUUCAUGUGUAUAAAUGUGUGUUAUGUCUGAAAUGCAUUCUCUGGUAUGUGUAAGGUUUUUGUUUUAGUAUUAUUUACUUGGACGUUUUAUUUGGUAACCUUGAGAUUAUACCUGAUACUGUGUUCACUGUCCUCAGUAGAGGGUAGUGGUAAGUGCAUGAAGGAAGGAGCAGUAACUUUGUCAAUAUCACUUGUGGCAGGAAUGUCCAAAUCAGGCAUUUUUCUUUCAAAUGCUUAUAAGAUGCUGAAUUAAAAAAAAAAAAAAAAAAAAGCAGUGAAUAAACAAGAACCCAGAGCAGCAAAAAUGCAUCAUCUUUUCUUCCCUUUUAGUUAUUACCGAGUUUACUUGGAAAUGCUUUUUAAUAACCUAUACUACUACUUUUUUAGCAAAGCAAAUUGGAUAAGACCUGAUAUUUCAAAAGGAAGUAGGGAGAGGCUUUAAAGGAUGUGAGACCUUACUGUUUCCAGAACGUGUUCUGCCAAGUGUCUUUUAGGCCUUCAUAAAUCAGGAGAAGGGACCUGUAAGUCAAUUUCUAUAAAGUGGGAAGUAGUCAGCCUUUAUAGAAGUUUUAGUGCUGGUUUCAGUCUGCUUUAUGAAAACUAUCUGUAAUAUAAGUACAGAAAUGGAUACGUAACUUACAUUUCUAGCUUAUCCUUUUUAUGUCUUGAGUUAACUGUCUAGUUCCUUUGUAGUAGUAUACAAAUGCCUACAGAUAUUGGAGCAAUAUAGUCUACCUGCUUAAAACAAAAUGUUGUGUAAAUAAAUUUCAAGAUGUAUUGAGGCUGUAUAUGCAUGAAUUAAUUUCAGGGUAGGUUAUGAACAAUUCUAAGAAAUGAUAUCUUUAAGAGUGAUACAGUAGAACCAGAGUUUAUGUAUGUGUAUGUCCUUUACAUGGAUUAAAUCUGCUUCUGUUUUCAGGAUGUGUAUGGAGUACUGAACAACAGCUUCAGUCAUCUGCUCAUUUGCUGUGCACCAAGAUUGCUGUGUUCCUUUAUCUUGUUAGCAGAAAUUGGGAGCGCAGAGGCGGCGAAGGCCUGGCUAUGGAAGAUGCUUUGUAACAUGGCUUAUAUCUAAUAAUGGUUCUAUUCCUUGUGGCCUUUUGGUAGCCCAUAUUAGUUUUACCAAGCAAAUGGCAUUUUUUUUUUCUCCCUAGAUUCAGCUGUUUAUUUUUAGGGAAUAGAAGUGCCCUGUGAAAUACCAUCCAAAAAAACCCCUGCUUUAUACCUUACAUUUCUGCAAGUGAAAAUUGGUGUGUAUAUGAUAACGUGACUUGUGUUUCGGUGAGGAAUUGGCCAGAGUUUGGACAUCGCUCAUGUGUGUGUCAUAGGAUGUCUGUGACUCGGGACUGAAGAACAUGCUGUUGCCAUAGCAAUGCAAGUCCUUUUGAAGGCAGAAUUCUUGGCAGCGCUGUUGCAUCUCCUGCGGUGCUUGGUGCGUUCAUCUGAAGGUAUGGAUGAGCGAACAGGUGCCGCGUCCUGGGGAACAAGUGGUCAGCCAAGUCCUUCCUAUGAAUCUUCAAGGGAAAAUGGCAGUCUUCAUGGAAAAAGCUCAGACCUCUCCACAGACAUAGAAAAGUUGAAACCACAAGAGGGUUUUGCAGACAGUCCUCAUUACAGUGAUCACUUGAAUGACAGUCGAUUAGGGCCCCAUGAAGGAUUGUCCCCGACACCUUUCAUGAACUCAAAUCUGAUGGGGAAAGCCUCAGAUAGAGGUCCAUUUCCAUUGUAUGGGAGAGAUACGGGAUUGCCAGGCUGUCAAACUAGUCUGCUCCGAUCAGAUAUGGGACUUGGAAGUCCGGGUCAGCUGUCAUCCUCGGGGAAACCUGGAACAACCUACUACCCAUUUUCUGGCACAAAUCAGCGCCGAAGACCACUUCAUGACUCGCCAGCUCUUGAUCCUCUACAGACAAAGAAAGUAAGAAAGGUGCCCCCUGGUUUGCCUUCUUCUGUGUAUGCACCAUCUCCGAGUUCUGAUGAAUUCAACAGAGAAUCUCCAAGUUACCCGUCUCCUAAGCCACCAAGCAGUAUGUUUGCUAGCACUUUCUUUAUGCAAGAUGGGACCCAUAACUCUUCUGACCUCUGGAGUUCAUCCAAUGGCAUGAGCCAGCCUGGCUAUGGUGGAAUGCUGGGAGGCUCCUCUUCCCACAUGUCCCAGUCCGGCAGUUACGGCAGCCUGCACACACACGACCGUUUGAGCUAUCCCCCGCAUUCAGUCUCGCCUACGGAUAUAAAUGCCAGUCUUCCUCCAAUGUCAAGCUUCCAUCGUGGCAGCACCAGCAGUUCACCUUACGUAGCUGCCUCACACACUCCACCUGUCAAUGGAUCAGAGAAUAUUCUGGGAAACAGAGGAAAUGGCGCUGGAGGCUCACAGACAGGCGAUGCGCUUGGGAAGGCAUUGGCAUCUAUUUAUUCUCCUGAUCAUACCAGCAGUAGUUUUCCAUCAAAUCCAUCAACACCAGUUGGAUCACCAUCGCCGCUUACAGGUGCCAGUCAGUGGUCUAGGAGUGGAGGACAAGCCCCCUCAUCUCCAAACUAUGAAAACUCUCUACACUCCUUGAAAAAUCGAGUUGAACAGCAACUUCACGAGCAUUUGCAAGAUGCAAUGUCCUUCUUAAAGGAUGUCUGUGAGCAGUCUCGAAUGGAGGAUCGCUUGGACAGACUCGAUGAUGCCAUCCACGUACUACGAAAUCAUGCUGUGGGGCCUUCAACAAGCCUAUCAGGUGGCCAUGGAGAUAUACAUAGUUUAUUGGGACCAUCCCAUAAUGGGCCAAUUGGAAGCCUGAACUCAAGUUAUGGAGCAUCUAGCCUUGUAGCAGCCAACAGACAAGCAUCAAUGGUUGCGGCUCAUCGGGAGGAAAGCGUCAGCCUCAACAGCAACCACGCCGUUCUUCCCAGUACAGUUUCUGCUCAGAGCACAGAACUAAAUCAUAAAACACAAGAGAGCUACCGAGCACUGUCAGGUGGCUUGCAGAGCCAGUCUGUGGCCAUAGGUCCAACAGAAAUCAAGUCUGAACAUAAGGAGAAGGAUGAAAAUAUACAUGAACCCCCCUCAUCGGAUGACAUGAAAUCGGAUGAUGAGUCCUCCCAGAAGGAUAUCAAGGUUUCAUCUAGAGGAAGAACAAGCAGUACUAACGAAGAUGAGGAUUUAAACCCAGAGCAGAAAAUAGAAAGAGAAAAGGAGAGAAGGAUGGCAAAUAAUGCCAGAGAGCGUUUGCGUGUGCGAGACAUCAAUGAGGCGUUCAAAGAACUCGGCCGGAUGUGUCAGCUUCAUCUGAAGAGUGAGAAACCACAGACGAAACUGCUGAUUCUUCACCAGGCUGUGGCAGUCAUCCUCAGUCUAGAGCAGCAAGUGAGAGAACGAAACCUAAACCCUAAAGCAGCCUGCCUUAAGAGAAGGGAAGAAGAAAAAGUUUCUGCCGUAUCGGCAGAGCCGCCAACACCACACCCAGGAAGCCACCCUGGCCUGAGUGAAACUACCAACCCUAUGGGUCAUAUGUGAACACCAGCCAGAAUUAUUGGUAGGAUACACAGAAGGUGACCUUUCUUCACAAGGACACAGACAACUAACAUUAUAUGAAGACACAAACCUGACAGGAGAAAACACUUGAAGCAAGAAACCCAAAUGCAAUCUUAUGAUCAAAGCUACUGGUCAACACCUGCAUCAGGAUUGAAGAUAGAGGAUCUUCAGAUAGAAUUUCAGCCCAUGAAAUACUCUGAACAUAUCAUUCUGUUGCAAGCAGUGUGUCGCUUCUGCACAAUCAGAGACUGUUGUGAUCUCUCCACUCAUUGUGGAAGUUGCCUUGUGCCUAAACUGAAUUGACAAAUGCAUUGUAACUACAAAUUUUAUUUAUUGUUAUGGAACUGUAAAGGUCUACAUAUAAAGGGAAAAGUUAACAUGUUAAAAGCUGAUACAAUUUCAGCUGGAUGCCAGCAUUUAUUAAAGCUGUUCACAUUCAGAGAACAAAGCAGUGACAACCGUCGACCCGUAGCAUUCCCAGCAUACCUAUUAGUGUCUUAAAAAAGGAAGGGAAAAGUCUUUUGUUGUCCUUUCCUCUCCUUUUGCCAUAUGACUAGUGUUUUCCACGCAAUAGGAAACUAUUCCUUGGUAUAGCUUUUUUUAUGUUAUUUUUGGUCUCUGGUAAUCUGAACAGUUAUGGUCAUAGUUACCCUUCCAUACUGAGCUCCGUGUUUCAGGCCGGUAAGGGGCCUCCUGAGCAGGCUCCAGGCAGGAGCAGUACUGUGACCAUAACAUUUCGUAGAUUUAAAAAUUGAUUUUUAUUUUCCCUCAGACUUUCCUCAAAUGUUUUUUUUUCUAAUUAUAAACAAAACCUUUUUAGGCUUCUAGGCUUCAUAGUAAAGCUUGUAACGUGAAGUGUAAAUUGGGUGGGGAGAAUCUACUUUGUUAGAGUUGCUUUGUUUUCCGAGCAGUAAGUACUACAUAUAGUACAUGUAAAGUGUUAGCUGUACGUAAGCACAAAAUGCAUUAAAAUACAAAGGAGAUUUUUUUCAGGCUGUAUUUUUGGUGAAUAGUAAAAUCCUAAAUUCACCGUGGCAGGUAGUGUGAUGACAUAGCCACCAGUAAGGUGGGCUUACUUACCUAAUGGAAUAUAAGAGCAAUGGUCACCAGUUUUUCCUUACUGUAUCCAUCAGUUAUCUUGUCAUUUUUGUAUGGCUUGUCAGUGGAGAAAAAUCAGUGUGAAUCAAAUGCAAACAAAUGACCCCUCCCAAGCCAUAUCAACAUUAAACAAUUAAAUGUUUCUCCACCAGAACAGUGUCCAUAAGUAUUCCUUUGUCACAAAUGUGUUGAGAUGGUUAAAAUCCCUUUGAACUUCCAUGGAAACUGUCUUCCACUGCAAUGACCAUGGGAGGAAACUUCCUAAGCCAAGGUUGUCUGAGCUAUUGUUUAUAUAGUGCAUCUUUCAUUACUGGUAAUUGGUUCACCAUACAAAACAGGAACAAAACAGUACUUUUUAUGAAGUCAUUUGAUUUGAAAGAACAAAAGCUGGAUCGUUAAAAUAAACUAAUGAAUUUAAGCUCACGUUUGCAAUGGUUCCUAACAGAACAGUUUGUGAAAAUAGUGGACUCAUUUCUGUUACUUUAAUUUGCAUAUACCAUCAGAUAACACCUGAUUAUAUCUGUGGCCUUGUUCUUCAUUUCAGUGUUUAUUGGCUAAACAAAUUUGUUGCUUAUGACGUGUGAAAGUGAUCACGUGCCACUGCCUGGCCUUUUUCCUUCUAAGCUUGUUGUCUUUUUGGCUAUAUUAGACUUUGCAGUAUGCCCAGAAGCUUUCCUUCAUAAAAUAGAAAGAAAAAAACAUUUGGCUUAUUUUUCACUGUAGCUAGUCUUUUAUACAAUAAUCUUGUAAGAAAAUUUCUUGAAUUCUAAAUAUUACUCUUUCUAGAUUUUUGAAAUCGAAAAAGUUUUCAGUAAAAAGUUUCUUACUUUAUUUUACUAUAUUAGGUAGUAAAAAUGUAGGGUUAUUUACCAUAACCUGUUCAUUAAUAUCAGAAAUUUACAAUAGCAUUGUAAGACCAUAGUAGGGUUCUAGCAUACCGUGUAGUACCUAUGGAGUAUUGUAAGAGCUAAUUGUCCGAGAUGAAUUGCUUCUCAUCUUGUUCUCCAGUUUCCAUUGUUGGUUUAUUGCAGAUUUGUACCCUGUGUCAAAUUUCAAGGUAUUGCUGAUAAACCUUUCCAACCAGCAGCAAGAAGUUCAAAAACUUUCUGUCAAUGUAACAGAAAACACUAUGUAUAUAACAUUUAUGUAGCAAUAAAUGUGCCAUCUUUUUUUAA